AUGAUACUUCAACCACCACAGCUCGAGCCCUCCACUGAGAUCAAGUGGACUUCCUGCUACAACGACCAAAAAUGUGCUCGCCUCCUGCUCCCGCUCGACUACCUCUCCGAAGACCUUUCUGGUCCCACCACCGCCAUCGCGCUCCGUAUGAUCCCUGCUCGCGACCGCACCAACUACCGCGGCACCGUCCUAAUCAACCCGGGUGGGCCAGGCGGGUCCGGCACGGAUCUUCUGGCUCGUGCAGGGACAAACAUUUCGACAAUCGUCGGGGACUCGUUCGACGUGCUUGGCUUCGACCCGCGCGGAGUGGGCGCGAGCAACCCUGCUUUGAAUUGCUUCUCGAGCAAGGGGCAGAGGGACAUCUGGCUAACGCAAGAGGGACACCAGUUCUUGAACACGUCGGACGAGGCGUUGCUGGGGUUGUAUAGGGCAAGGCAGCGCGUGGUGGGCGAUAGGUGUGCGAAGAGCGAUGGGGGAGAGGAGGGCAUUGCGCGGUUCAUGAGCACGGCGAGCGUCGCAACAGACAUGUUGAAGAUCACAGAGAAAUUAGGGCAGGAGAAGCUGCAUUACUGGGGCUUCAGCUAUGGGACCAUCCUCGGGCAGUACUUCACUGCCAUGUACCCCGACAAAGUCGGACGUGUGAUCAUUGACGGCGUGUACGACGCGUACAACUAUCGAGGCGCGCUCUGGAACUCGAACCUCCUCGAUAACGAAGCGGUCAUCAACUCUCUAUUCACGUACUGCCACGAGGCCGGCCCCCUCAAGUGCGCGCUGUAUGAAUCGAGCCCGGGAAAGAUUCGCGAGCGAUAUUAUCGCGUGCUCGACCGCGUCGAGCGCGAACCUAUCCCUGUUCCUCACGCCGAACCCCCUCUCCUGAUCACGCGCAAGGCCCUCGUGAACCAGAUCUUCCGCGCCGCAUACAAGCCCAUCAACACGUACGGCACCGUCGUCGACACCAUCCGUGCAAUCGAGACCGCGAACCAAACCGCGCUGACCGCACUCGCCCCGAAGAUCGUCGACCCAACUGAGUGUGCUUGCCGCACAGAGCUACCACAGAUCGUCGAAAACGACGCGUUCUCUGCGAUCGCGUGCGGGGACGGAGAGAAGCGCACGUACGACCCCGAAGUGUACAAGGCGUACUACGCAGACCUCACGAGCGAUGCGCCAAAUGCCGGCCCCUUCUGGGCCGUACACUUCCUCCAGUGCACCGAAUGGUCCGUCCGCCCGAAGUGGCGGUACACGGGCCCGCUCGCCGCGGCAAACACGUCGCACCCGAUCCUCAUCCUCCAACCGAGGUUCGACCCGGUAUGCCCGUUGAGGGACGCGCUGGCUGUACGGGAGCGGUAUGCGGGCGCGGGGCUACUCGUGCAGAACUCGUACGGGCAUUGCUCGAUGAGCGCGCCAAGCGUGUGCACAGCGAAGCAUGUGCGGGCGUACAUGGAGGACGGGAGGCUGCCGAAGGAAGGAACGGUGUGCGAGCCUGACGAGUUGCCGUUUGUGGGGCAGGUGAGCGAUGCGAGGGCGAUGUCAGGAGAAGAUGCGACGUUAUCGGAGGCUUUGCGGGGGUUGUCGGAGGUUGUGCCUAUGUUCGGUGCGUAG